AUGAGUGGAAGGGAUACACUCACGUUAAACCUAGAUAUAAACGGAAAAUGUGAUGGGAUAUGCAAGUGUGGUCUUGACAGAUCAAACGGCAUGAAUACCAAAAAAGCAACAGAUAUUCGUGGUGUUACUAACUUUACUGAAUAUACUCAUCGUCUUCAAAAUGGAACCUUUACGCUAAACGGAGACCUAGGUGGUGGACAUAAGAUAAGAGUGGGAGGAAUAAUAAGAAGCUCCAUAGAAAAUGUUACGGAGGUCUCAGUUUACUACUGGAACGGCAAUGACAGCAUACCCAUUCUGCUUGGAAUUACCAAGGUUAGUGAUACACCAGAAUAUUACUCUUACUGGGGAAAUGGUGGAGGACUAGGUAACUGGAAUAACAGACUUACUUCUGAUAAGUCACUUGAAUACCUACUUGAUGAUCAAAAUUGCCGAAGGAACCAUGCCAUCCCUUUCAACAUAACAAGUUCUCAAUCUGGUGAUCUUCCCCAAAAUUCGAACUGUAUAAAGGAUUAUAGAAGGAUAGAUCCUACACGAUCACUUAAUCCACCGGGUAGUAACUAUAUUUCUAAAGCAUAUAUGACUACUGGCCUCCACGGUAGUACCCUCAGCACAAUGAUAUCUAGAGUUACAUAUAACAAUCAGCCCACUGAUAUCCCUCAUAUUAGUGACCCGAUUGAUGUAAUAACACUCUACUCUUAUCCAGGUAGUGAUAGUGUGCCACUUAUGAUUGAAUUUAAACCAAAUGUUGGAGAUUCUAAGUGGUUUUAUAGCACAAACCUCGACGAAAAGAACUGGAUGGAACAUGGUGAUGGUAGUAGAUUUUAUGAUGAAGGUACUACUCCACUACCUGCCCUUUCGGCAAAACUUGACGAAGUGUUAUGCAAACAACAUAACAAUGUGACCCUAAAUCUCACCAAAAGUAAUUCUAGGAAUCUUGCUGAGAAGGCCAGUAGUGGAAAGGAUAACAAGUACUGUUGUGACGAACAUAAAAAGGAUAGUGGCAGAAUCUCUGUUACUGAGGGAAAUAUCAAAGUAAACGGUGUUAGUAAGACCACUUCAUACUACAAACAUUCUCUUGUCCCUGGAACACCGGUAGCUGGUAUAUAUUACAAGGAUAGCGGUUCUUCUGAUAGGAAGAAGAUAACGUUUUCAGGAGUAUUCUUCCCUAUAGGUGGUGUAAGAAGCGUUUAUACCUUCUACUGUGGCAAAGAUGAUCCGCUUCUCAUUUAUGUUGACUCACCUACAAAUGGUGCAGCAAGAGGUUGGUAUAAAAAAGAUUCUGAUGGAACUCCUUGGAAGUGGAUUGGUGGUAUUCAUAGCAUAACAGAAUCUCACUUGAAGAGUGUGCUUAGCUGCGAUAACUGGAGAAAGCUUAGGAUAGUACUAAGACAAGCUGGUUGUAGUGGACUGCCAGAUUGUCUUGAGAGUUCUAAACUUGAUGAGCAACUAGAACAAGAAAUGCAAGAAGAAGAAAAGAUAGCGGGAGCAGAACGAGAGAAGGAAAUAGCUAAAGUCCCUUCUGCUGAACUUGAAGGACCUGAUGGUAAUAAUGGUGGAGGUGGUGAAGGCGCUCUACCUAAAGGAGCUGAUGCUAAAUCUCCAGAUGGUUCUAAAGAAACUAGUGUUGUUAAGGAUGCUGUUGGUAAACCUAGAGAUAUUCAACAUGAAUCUCCUGGUAAUGAAGAUGCUAAAACUACUAAAGGUUCUCAAAGUGUACAGAAUGGUCCUGCUUCUGAUGGACUUAGAGGACCUAAUGUUCCUCCUAUUACUCCUGGUCAAGGACCUCCUGGUCCACCUAGUGAAAAGGGCAGAGCUGAAGAGGUCACUAUUAAACUUGACAGUAGACAUUCUUACGACCGUAACCUUAAUAGUGGAGAGACGAUAUAUAUUGCUCCUUACACUGGAACUCAUAUUAAAGGAUACGAUGCUUACGAGCAUACUUAUGACGGAAAAUUUAUUGUUAGAGAUCUUACCGUGGGAGGUAAGAAGCAGAUAUUUUUGCCAGGAGUCACAUCUGCGCAGGAUCUCAAGAAAGUUGUAGUAUAUUUUUUCGUUUGUGGUAGUAGCAGUAUACCUCUUCUAGUCUACGUUGGUACUGGUAAAAAGGAUCACAAAUGGUACGAAAAUAGAGGACAGGAUAUAUGGAUUGAUAUCUCUGAUAGUUUGAAAAAUAAACCUCCAAGUGAAGCUCUUAUUUACACCCUUAGGACUACUCUAAAGGGAAUCAAACAGACUUUAGGAGUUUCCUGCGAGAGAAAAACAAAAAAACUAGUGAUUCAAGAUUAUAGCAAUGACCUUCCAGAUUCAACUAUACAUAGAUUACAAAAUAAUAAUGUUGUACGUCCACAUAUCAGUACCACCAUUCCUCCACUUAGUAUGCCUAGAGCAAAUCAGAGAGUCACACAGAAUCUCCACGAUAUUAAUGAUGUUAUCGCUAUACCUGGUGGAACUGAUGAUCUAUCUGUCUCAUAUACGGAACAAGCUGCUACUAGUAAUAUUCAAUCCGGAGGUGGUGAAACUGGUGAAAGAGACUCUGCUACCGGUUCCGCUGAAGUUGGACCUGCUUCUCCAUUUCCUGGUGCUCUUAGUUCUUCUGGACCUGGAGGACUUACUCCUGGUGGAGGUAGAGGAGCUGAUCAAGGUGCUGACAGCACUGGUGAUCCUGCUGAGGAAGCUACUUCCCCUGGACCUCAAACUACUACUACUACUACUGAAGAUACUGAAGAUCCACUUGUUGCCUCUGAUGCUCUUCCUGAUGGACUAACUGCUGGCCCUGGUCCUGUUCCACCUAGAGGACCUCAAGGAGCUGGUGGAGAUCCUUCUGCUGAAUCCUCACCUCCUCAUACUCCUCCUGGACCUGAAGCUCUUGGUGCUGAAUCUGUUGGUAUUACCGCUAUUCUCACUGGUGCUGGCACAUAUGGUGGCCCUCUUGCCGGAGCCGGUGGUCUUACUGGACUUUGUUGGUGGGCAUUUAAACGUUCUAGAGGAGACCCUUGGUCAAAUCUUCUGAGGGUAUAUGUGCGGACGAUCGACAAGGAGCUGAUCGAGGUAUCGCCAUCUCUGCAGGUCCCAAAGAGUUUGGAUCAGUUUGAGUUGAUUUUGCGGGACCUCAAGAUCAAUCGCAAGGUGCGGUCUCAAAAUUCUAGCACAAUUCUCAUAAAGUUUGUAAAGAAUGAAAUGGAGAACAUCCUCCCUCCUGGGAGCAAAAACAUUGGUCUAUCAAAUACAGGUACAUGUGUAAAACUUGAGGACUAUCUAACUAAAUUCAAAAAUGUAACAUUGCCGCUAGUCUUCCAUGUCGGUGCCAUUUCUACAUCGCAGGCCCAUGGCACAAUCAACGACGUUGAAGAGAUAAUUUCCAUCUCACCUCACGGCCUUACAGCUGCUCACUGUUGUGCAAAGAUUUGCAAUGAACUAGUUGUACUAUACUGUAUCUUUUACUAUUACAAGGGUCUUUUAUUGACAAUGGCAUAG